AAGCUCUAUGCAGUGGUCAAAUUAACCAGGCUUCCAUUUCCAGUAUCCACCAAACAAACAUUCUCGGUUUCAACACUGCAAGCGAAAAGAAUUUCUUCUAUUCCAGAGAAGCAGUUAAAGCCAUCAAUCUCGUUUUCAUCUGAUGUCAAAGUUGUUCCGGGAUCACAACCUGUGUUAGGAAAAUCAACGGUUGCCAGCAACUUAACAGAGGUCUCAUCUGAACCUAUCACCUUUAAACAACCAAUGGCUGAUAUGGGCCAAAAUAUGAUCAGCCAUGAAAGGGAAGUGGACCACAAAGAAGAUCUUGGGCUGCCAGCUUCCAUUAGGUUCAGUGAUCAAUCUGACCCUCGUUUAAAGAUGACACAAUCAGAGUUCCUGGAGCAACUGUCAGUAUCAACAUUACAUAAAGAGUCCUGCACUGACAAAGGUUUGGAUACCAUUAAGACCAGAACCAGUGCCCAUCAGAAAAGCUCCAUUGUUUCCCGUCUGCGAAGUCACCUGAAACCUCUGUUGAAAGCUAGAAGAAAUGCAAGAGAACAAGUACCUGAUAAGCCAACUGAGAACAGUGACAAAACCCCAAAGAAACCACGGUGGGAUAGUGACAGUUUAAAUGUUAAAAACACAACUGAAGAACCUGUUGGCUCUGGAAAACCAGAUGUGUCUGACAAUAUUACUUCUCUAAAUACACUUACUUAUAGUUCUAGAAUAUCAGGACACUAUAAAGAUGUUACACCAACAAAAAUUGUUAGUGGAAAGGUAUUUGUCAGUUUGAGCAGGCUUGAUAUUACCAGUAAUUUUGCUGCUAAAAGUUUUAAAAGCCAAAGCUCAAAUACAGUUGAUGUAGACUUAGUAAAGUCUGAAUUGAGUCCAAGGCAGUCUACUUCUGCAAGAAACAGUUUGAGCCCUAAAACAUCAAAAUCAGCUUCUGAGAGUCAAAGGUCGACUUUUGAAAACAAUGAUGCAGGUCCAAGAAAUAAGGGAUCCUCCACUGUCAGUCAUGGGAGUCCCAGUUGUACUAAAAGUAGUGAGAGUUCUAAAAAUACUGGAAAUGGCUCUGCCCCCCAAAAUACAAGAUCCAGUUCUUUGAGUCCUAUAAGAUCAACCAAAGCAGUUGCCAGCCCUGAAAAGACUAGUAAAAAAGAAAAUGGCACAAGCCCUGAAGUGUCUGGCUUUCCUAGUUGCUCCACUUCUAUUAAAGUCAGUCCAAGUGCUAAGCCUAUUAAAAGGGAAUCCAGUUCUUUCAGUCCUGGGAGGUGUAGCAUAAGUAAGGACGACGACAGUGAAAAAAACAUGAGUGAGACUAGUUCCCCACUUGCCAAAAUCUUUAAAAUAGCGAAAAACACUCAAAAACUGAUACCUGAUAAACUUGCAUUUUUUCAAGAAUUUCAAAGUCCUAAAUUAAACCGUUCAGGAAGAAUAAUUAAACCACGAAAACCUAGGGGGAAAUAUAAAAAAAAAAUUAGAAUACGUAAUGAAAUAGGUAGAGUUUUGCAAAUAUGCAGAGCUGAAAUAUGGUACCCUCCCACACUACCACCCAAUGAAGUACCUUCAACAGAGAUAAUAAAGGCACCACGUUUAAAGAUAGAGUACAGAGUUCCUGUCAUACCUUUAAAUCCAACACCAGUUGUAUCUCCUUUACAGCCAUUGGCUUUCAUUGGCAGGCAUCUGUUGAAAAAUCAGUGUGGGGAAUGUGGACGAGUUUUCAACAGUACCAAUGCAUUGGAGAGCCACGUCAGUCUCCACAAAUUUCUCAGGCCUUUCACUUGCAAACUCUGUGGGAAACAUUACCCAGACGCAAUUACUUUUAAACGUCAUGAUCGAGUGCAUCGCAACGGUAGGAUCUAUGUCUGCCCACAAUGCGGGAAAGGCUUUGUCUAUCGUUUUGCACUCUCCAAACACGUACAGAUGGUCCAUGGCAAGGUAAAACCUUUCAUAUGCCAGCUAUGCAACAAAAGGUUCUUCACUAAACGAGAUGUGAAUGUUCACAUACGAAUCCACACCGGAGAGAAACCCUUUCAGUGUCAUAUCUGUGAAAGGAGAUUCACCAGGAGAGUAGAACUAAAUGUGCACUUUCGGUGGCAUAAUGGAGAGAAGCGGCACUGGUGUCCACACUGUGGGAAAGGAUUUUUAGAUUCCAAUAACAUGAAAAGGCAUGCAAUUACUCACACAGGAGAGAAGCCUUUUUCCUGCUCACUCUGCCCUAAGAGGUACACUCAGACUGGCCAUCUGAAAAAGCAUAUUCGAAAUGUACACAGUGUCGUAGAAACACAGGACAUCCAGCAAAAUGCUGUGCUGAACUGAAAGGGUGCUGACAAAAACAGGAAGCUGAAAACAGAAUGUUUAAAGCAGCCAAAAGAGAGAGAGAGUUGUAGGGUUAUAUAUUGUGAUAAAUAAUAUGGAAUCUUCUUCAUGUGCUAAGAAUACUUUUUACCUCUACUGACAACCUCAGUUUGUAUAGGACAUGUACAGUUUGUAUGUAUAGCUCUUCAGAUUUUAUGUAGAAUUAUACGAUUUUUUGCGUUGUAAUUGAUUCUUAAAGUGCUUUUUGUUAAGAGAUUUACAAAGUGAGU